UUAAUUUUAUCAACUUUAACAUCUUCUAUGUCAAUAUUCAAAAUUUCUUAUGCUGAUUCCAGAAAACUGUUAUGUGAUUCUAUUAACUUAAAACCAAAUUCAGCAAAACCUUCGCGACCCAAAACUACCGGCGAACACAUAGUUUUAUCGUCAACUACUAAUAAAUUAAUAAAUCUAAUCAGAUGUCUUAGUUUGACCCUUGAAUUUACUCGUCCGAAUAUUCUACGUUUCGAUUCAUUAGCGCCCGUAUAUUGUAAAGAAUUCGUGUCAAAUGAUUCAAUCAAGUUAGUGCUUACAAUUUUUCUUAAAAAGCUAAUAGGAGUACCACUGUCCAGUCUUGUUAACAAGUUUAAAUUAAAAACCUCACCAUCUAGAUAAAAUUCGUAUAUUGCUGAUUUUAGAAAGUUGUCCUCUUCAUUAACUAUAUUCACAUUUAAACUCUUUUGUCAAAAUAUUUUUAAUCAGUUAUUUUAAAUUUCUUUUUAGUUGGUCGUGAUUGUUCAAAAUGGAUAUACUUGACCUGCCCUCGAUUGAUGAAAGUGACUUCGAUGUACGCGAUACAGAAUCAAAAAACCGGGGUGUUUUUACUAAACAUUUUAUAAAAAAAGGAGAAACUAUUCUGGAGUAUAUUGGCGAGCUGGUCACAAGCGCUAGUCAGAUGAAAGAGCGCCAGAUUGUUUACGAAGAAAAAGGUUUAGGAUGUUACGUUUUAGACUUUCAAUAUCGUGAUAAAAAAAUGUUUAUUGACGCUACUGCUGAAAGCAACUAUAAAGGACGUCUUAUAAACCACUCAAAUGAAGAAAACAUUAAACCUUUUCUUAAAGUUAUAAAUGAAAUACCCCGUGUGUUUUUUAAGGCGACUCAGGAUAUUGCUCCUGAUUGUGAACUAUUGUGGAAUUAUGGAGAAAUGCGCAGAUCUGUUUUGAAUACCAAUCCUUGGUUAAAAAAAGCUAUCUCAAAGAAACAAAAGGGUCAACUAAUAAAGACACCGAUCGAAUCCCAAACAUCUGUUCGAUCCGAGAUUCCGAGUAAGUCCGAGACGUCUAUUCAAUUCGAAGCACUAUAUAAAUCUGAGAAACAUUCCGAGUCAGCUGAUAAUUUUGAGAAACCGAAUCAGUCUGAAAUACCUAUUAAAUCCGAGACACCUGUUAAUUCUAAGAAACCGCUUCAGUCUGAGACAUCGAUUGAAUCCCAGACAAAUGUUAAUUCCGUAAAACCGAUUCAGAGCAAGUCACCACUGGAAGCCGAGAAACCGAUUCCACAGAUGAAAUCUAAAGAACUAACACAUUCGGAAAUAUCGAUUAAAACGAAACUUCCUUAUUGUAAUCCAGUAAUUAUGCUUGAAAAAUUACCAAAUUACCCAACUGAUGUGCUUUCUAAAUCUUUUUCGAGAAAAAGAAAACACAAGAAUUCUAAGGCUUACCAAGAUGAGAUUAUACCGAAAAAGUUUUCUACUUCUUUAGAACCAUACGUCUUAUUAGAAUUCGAUUUUAAAGAAUUUAAUGAUUGCCAGCAAAACAAUCCGAAUAAUAAUACUGAAAAUAAUCUAGAAUGUAUUGUCCAUGAGCUUGAGCUUCCUGUUAUUCAAUUGCCUGAAAAUAUUCAGAUUCAAAUGCACACUUCUUGUAAUGAUACUCCUCUUCAAGGUAAUAGUACAAAUAAUGAUAUUUCUGCUUCUAUUAGUUAUGAAGUAACUGAUGCAAAUGAUACAGAUCUAACUGACGAUCCAGAUUUUGUGCCUGAUUCCUCUGCUACAGUAUCCGUCAAUAUAUCUAAAAAUGCGUCAGAUACGUCGGAAAAAUGUCUUGAUAAUAUUAUUGUAGGUCCUCCUGUUGAUAUUCGCGUAGUAACUGUACCUCCGUCAAAAGUUAAUGGUUCUUCUUCUUUGAAGAAAAAUUUCUGUCGUUAUUGUAAGGAAUUAACCACAAAAUUGCCAAGACAUUUGGAACUUAAACAUUACACAGAAGAAGACGUUAAAGUAAUGAUUAAUUUACCUAAAAACUCGGCCGAAAGAAGAAAAGUAAUUGACAAAAUUAGAAAGGAGGGAAAUCAUGAACAUAACACAAAUAAGGACUAUAAUACCGGAGUUUUACUUACGUGUCGAAGACGUCAAGAAAAAUAUAAUAAUAAUGGCGAGGAUUAUAUUCAUUGCUCUAUGUGUUUAGGGGCGUUUUCGAAAAAGACUAUUCACAUUCACUAUAAACAGUGUGAUCCUCUUCACAAGAAAGGUGAGAAAGAAAUAAAAGUCUCAGGUCGACGCGUAGAGGGCUUCAUCCAUGAACGGGCGUCUCCCAUUUUACGAAAUGAAAUCUUUCCAGUGAUGAAUGAUGAUAAUAUUGUACGUAUAAUUCGUUACGAUUUGCUAAUAAUACUAAUGGGAAAUAGAUUUUGCGAGCAGUAUACUAAAAUUCAACAGUAUGAUUCAAUUAGGGCAAACUUACGUCUUCUUGGACGUCUUAAAGAAGCUGCAUUGAAAGUAAAUAAAGAACUCACUGAACUUUUCCUUAUACUGCACUCAAAAAACUAUGAUACAUUUAAACAUGCUGUGAGAAGUUGUGCGGGUUAUAAUGAACAAACCGGUUUAUUUGCGUCGCCAUCAGUUGCAUCACAAUUGGGAACCUUAAUCAAAAAGUGUAUGAAAGUCUGGAUCGCUGAGUGCAUAAAAAAAGGAUAUCAAGAAAGAAAGAAAAGCGCUGCCGAAUUCUUAGAACUUUUUGAGGAAGAUUUCCCUACUGCCGUAAACAAAAAAGUAGUAGAAAAUCAGAUAAAAGCAAAACGUGCCAAAAAAAUUAAUUUACCUUUAAAACAGGAUAUUAAUGCUUUGUAUAAGCAUCUAAAAGAAAAUUGUACGAAAUCUUUUAAUAUUUUAAAGCAAUCUUUUGAUUUAGAAGCUUGGAAACUGCUAUCAGAAUGCACAUUAAUUCUUUUACAGUUAUUCAACAGAAAAAGGGCAGGAGAAGUUGAAAGAAUUUCAAUCGAUGAUUUUAUGAAUAGAGAAUCUGUAGACGAAAAUGUACACCCUGAUCUUUAUUCUCACAUGGAUUCCGAAAAACAAAAGAGAUCUAAGUUAUUUGUUCGCAUAAAUAUUGAUGGCAAAAAGGGACGUGCCGUCCCCGCAUUACUAGAUGAAGAACUAGUGCAAUUCGUUAAUUGCAUUAUCGAUAAUCGAAAACAUGCUCGCGUAUAAAAAACAAAUC